UUUUUAUUUCUCUUUUUUUUUUAAUUUUUCUUUAUUAAUCCUCGUUUUCUUUCAAUUUAAUCUCUUUUGUUUGAAAUUUUCAAGAUGGCUCCUUCUUUAUUGGGUUCAAGACUCAAAAGUCACAAACUUUCGUCAAAUUCAAAUAACAACCCACACAAUAAUUCACACAAUAAUUCAAAUCCAAGUCCAAGUCCAAAUUCAAAUUCCUCUUCGAGUUUACCAUUAAAAAUUGAUUCAAAACUAUCCUCCCACUCAAAACUAAAUCAUCCAAAUCCGCUCAAUUUAUCAAAUAAAAUUAUUUCGAAUAUAUCAUCAAUUUCAAAUGAUAUCAAUCCCAAUAUCGAUAACAGUAAUAACAAUAACAAUAACAAUAACAAUAACAAUAACAAUAACAAUAACAAUAACAAUAACAAUAACAAUAAUAGCAAUAGCAAUAGCAAUAGCAACAGCAAUAAUAAUAAUAAAGAUCAAAAAGAUAUACAACAACCCUUUCCAUCUCAUCUCCAGUCAAAGAAUAAACUCUCAAUUAACCAAUCCCAAUCCCAAUCCCAAUCUCAAACCAUUCACAAUAAUUAUGAAAAAAUCAUAAACGUCAUCAAAAUAUUAAACAUUAAACCAGUCGACAUUGUAGAAGUCUCCUUUGACUAUGUAUCAUCCCAACAAAAUAUCCUCUCUCUAAAACAACACCAAAUCAUCUAUGUUCUUGAAAAGGCCUCCUCAGGUUGGUGGAAUGGCAUUCUACUCAACAAUUCAAUCAACAUCAACUCAAAUGAUUUCGACUUGGACCUCAAAUCAAUUAAAUCUGUCAGAGGUUGGUUUCCUUCAUCCUAUACUAAAUCAAUCAACUUGUCAAUCAAUUCUGCUCUCAAUAAAAACAUCAACAAAAACACCCCCAAAAAUACUCAAUUCAUCUCCCACAAUCACAACAACUCUCACUCUAUCCAAAGAUCUCACUCAAAUGACACCAACGAACCCAACGAAAUCAACCAACCUUUUAUCCACAACUCAAACUCAUCUCUACCUCUAGCCAACUUGAAACACACCUCUUCUCAUUCCUUUGAAAACAUUAAAAACUCUUUAUCUCUAAAGAAACACAUUUCCAACCAAAACUCAAAGCCAAUCCAAAAAUUAAUCUUACAUCCUCUUUUAAAAGAAAACCUAAAACCUCUUCAAGGAAAAGUCCUAUCAAAAGACCAAGUCAUAAAAUUCUUUGAUGAUAACUCCACUUAUUUACCAAUUGAAAAACCUCUAUUUUGGAUUCCAAGAUUACACCCCAAAUCCCUCUCUUUAAUUUUUUAUAACGUCGAACUAAAUUUAUAUUGUGAUCAAUUGCCCUUCAUGGAUUUUCCUCUUAAAAAGAAAAUCUAUUCCUCAAACCAAACUCAAACUCAAACCCAAACCCAAACCCAAACCCAAUCAAAAUUCAAAUCAAAACCAAAAUCCAAACUUUUGCCUCAAUCUCAAUCUCAAUCUCAACCUCAACCUCAACCCAUUAAUGAUGAAAAAAGCACCUUUCCUUCUACUGAAACUCCUCCUUUAAUCACUUUCAAUACUCUAGUAUUCGACCAUAAAAAAUUAGCCAACGACCAUGAGCUACUCGUCUUUGGCCAUCCACAACAUUCAAAAAAUAUUUCAAAAUCAAAAAUUUCUUCAUUGCCAAAUAGCAAUUCAUUUUCUAAUGCAGGUUCUCUACUAAUGCUACCUGGCGUCUUUUAUGAUGAUCCAUCUGAUAUUACAACUUGGGCUGGUUUAGAAAAAAGCUCUCUCUUUUUCAUCAAUUUAUGUAUUCUAUCUCUUAGAAAAAACGAAAGACAAGAUUUUCUAAAUUAUUUCAACAUCACAAGUAGAAUUUGUGUUUUGAUCCACUUAUCGGCAAGAUUGCUAAGAAAUAAUUUGAAAACUUUUGGAAUGGAUAUUGGCUUACAAAAAAGAUUAAGAAGAAUCGCAAGAUCUGUCGCCCAGAUUGGUGUUAAUGGUAACUUACAUUUGACUGAAGCAGAAGUUGAGGAUGUUUCCAAUAAGGAAAAGCUUACACCCAUCGACAAACUCAAACUCGUUCAAGAAGUCCAACAACUUCACGAAGAGCUAGCUGCUUCAGCUGCUUCCGAAAAACUUCGAAAGGAAAAAAAUUUAAAGAAACUAGAAAAAAAGAGACCAAAAGUUAAUUCUGAAGGUAAUCUUGACAACCUUGACGAAGAGACCCCUAAAGUUAACAAUGUCCAAGAUAAUGACAACGAUGAAGACUUUGAUGUUGAAGAAGAAGAAGAAGAAGACGAUAAUGUUGACGCUGAUAUUGAUUUUGAAAAUGGAGAUUCAAACCACAACUCCAACAUCAAUGGCGUUGAAAUUAAAAGCACAACUUCGUAUUUGCAUCAAGCAGAGGUGGAAUCAAACAUUUUGAAGAAACACAUUUCCGCCUGUGUUGUCACAUUCCACAAACUUUACAAAGCAAAAGCAGCUUCACUGGCUAAAAGAUCCAAUAAAAUGGCCUCGGAAUUGGCCAAUACUGAUGAUUUCAAACUUCCCCAAGUCUACCCAAGGUUUAUUACAGGGUUUUUCAGUGCUGGAAACUGGAAAACACCAUUUUUCCCUGAUCCUGAAAACCCAUUUGUUGAUCCCUCAGAGCCUGUUCCUGAUUCUGAUAAGGAAAAGCAAAGAGAAAGGGAAAACGAAAAAUUGCAAAAGGUUCUUUCAAAUGUCUCUGGAAAUAUAACGAGCAGGAGAACCUCCAUUUCCUCAGAGAAAAAAACCGCAAAUGUUCAGAAAUUCGCUGCUAAAAAACAAGAUAGACCCAGUUUGCUAUUGAACAAGGACUCGUUAAGCUUACUAGUCUCGAGAACUAAAAAUCUUAUGGAUAUUUUGGAUGUCAUUUCAGAUGUUAUAAAAAACUUCAAUUCACCAAAACGAAACCUAGAUGAUAUCAAUGAUUAUAAAACCUUUGACGAGACCAACCAGACUAAUUUGUCCAUCUUAACUAACGUCUAUAAAGCAUUAACGGUUGCUGCAAAAAUCAUGGAUGUUUUAGAAUUGUUCGAUUUUGGAGUUUUCAAUAGACAUUCGGAAUCUCCACCUCCAGAUCCAGAAGAAACAGGAACUAUUGAAACAAAUGGCCAUAAAAAAGGAAUGGUUGCGUAUGCUUAUCCCAUUUUAAUCGAGUUUUUUGAAAUCAAACAAGAGCUUCAUAAUUCUAUCAGUAGCUUAAUAAUGUGUGCACAGGAGAUCACAUUGGAUGAUCCAGAGGUAUUUAAAAGCAUGAAAGAAGAACCAACUACAUCGCCAUUUGCAGACCUCGGAACCCAUGUGGGUUCUUCACAGAUUGAGAUUUUAGCUGAAGAAUUGAGAAAAGUUUUAGUUUUGGAGGAUGUUGAAACAUUGGACAGCCUGUACAUUGAUGCUUAUGAAGAUACAAGAAGCUCAAUCGAAAGUAUCAGGAACAAUUUAAAUAUUAUCAACUAUAUUGUUGGACAGUUGGUCGAAGAAAGAGAAACAAUUUUGAAUUAUGCUACAAGAGUUAUGGACACAGCCAACCCAAAUAUCGAAAUGAUAAGAAAUGAAAGAUCUGGUAGCACCGCAAGCAUAAUUCAUAAAACUGAUUCAUACGAUCAAAUUUCUUCUAUUCAUCAUACUUCAGCUUCAUACUAUAAUAAACAAAAUCAAAAUAAUAGAAACUCUAGUGGCAAAGAUCAACCAUGGUACUUGGAUGCAGAUGAGGAAUAUGAUUUGAUAUAUGAUGUAAAUGGCCAAAUAAAAGGUGGAACGAAAACCGCAUUAGUUGCACAUUUGACACAUCAUGAUUCACUUGAUACUAAUUAUAACAACAUUUUCCUAUUGACAUUUAGAAGCAUAAUGUCGCCUUCUGAGUUGAUAGGGCUAUUAAUUGACAGAUUUAAUAAUCAUCCGCCUGAGGGAUUAACAUUUGAAGAGUACGAUAUAUGGGUCAAAAAAAAAUCGUAUCCAAUUAAAUUAAGAUCAAUCAAUAUCAUGAGAAUGUUGUUGCAAAAGUUCUGGAUCAGCACAUAUUAUAGUAAAGAGUUGUUUGAAAAAUUGACAACAUUUGUCAAGUUUUUAUUACAGCAAGAUUUUCCAAGUUCUAAAACCAUCAAGAAUUUGCUUGAGCAGAGAACGAAAGACUACAAUACAUUUUUGAAGGAAAGAAUGAAGAGAAAACAUCAGCGUCAAAGCGAAACACAUCAUAAACACUCGAAUAUCAAUGAAAAUGAUAGUGAUGAUGAUGAUUAUGAGGUAUCAGAAGAGUCGUUAAUCGGUAUCAGUGAUAUCACAGGUACAAUUGGAAGUAUUUCGUUGAAUCAAGAUGAUUUGACCCCCAUCAUGCCAAGAUCAUUGAAAAGAAUCAAAUUACUUGAUAUUGAUUUUGUUGAGUUUGCUCGUCAAAUUACUUUGAAGGAUUCAAAAUUGUACUCAAAAGUUACUCAAUUACAGUGUCUUGAUAGAGCGUGGGGUCAUAAAUAUGGUUCAAUGGGUGGUUCCCGAGCUAUAUCUGCAUUUAUUUCAAAUUCUAAUAGGUUGACAAAUUUUGUCUCAUUUAUGAUUUUAAGAAAAGCAGACAUUAGAAAAAGAGUUAAUAUUAUUAGGUACUUUGUUGCUGUAGCAGAAAAAUGUCGUCAAUUUAAUAAUUUCUCUUCAAUGACAGCAAUUUUUGCUGCUUUUACCUCAUCACCAAUUCAUAGAUUGAAAAAAACAUGGGCUCAAGUGAGUGAAGGAACAACCAUUUCUCUUGGUAGAAUCAAUAAAUUAAUGGAUCCUCAGAGGAAUUUCACUGAAUAUAGAGAAGUUCUUCGUAAUGUUCAAGGUGCCCCUUGCAUUCCAUUUUUUGGUGUUUAUUUGACAGAAUUGACAUUUAUUGUUGACGGAAAUUCGGAUUACUUGCAUGAAGAUCAAAAUAUGAUUAAUUUCAGCAAGAGAGUUAAAACUGUUGAUGUUAUUAAAAACGUUAUCAAAUUUCAGUCAAUACCAUAUGCAUUCCAAGAAAUUCCAGAAGUUCAAAGUUUCUUUGACAAUUGGUUUGAAGAAAGUCCAAGUAUUGAUGCUCAAUAUGAAUUAUCCAUGAGGCUAGAACCAAGAGAAAGUGCAUCUAAUCAUUUUAAUAGAGCAUUUAUGACCGAAAUGAACAUUAGUUCAAGCAGUAGCGUCAUGAUCAAUAAUAAUGCGAAUGCCGGAAAUGCUGGUGGUGAUAUUCACAAUAACACAGGUAAUCCUCUUACCACACAUAGUUCUAAUCCAAUAUCUGUUAGUGAUUCUGCCUCGGAUAUCAAAAUCAAUAGCGUCUUGGAAAUGCAAUCUACUAAAAGUAGUGUUAUUUCCACAGUUGACACUGAAGUUGGAUCUGUUUCUAAUUUGGAGACUCUGUCCAUGAUGGAAACCCCAUCGAUUAAGAAGGAAUUGGCUGAUCCUAAAUAAAUAAUCCAACAGUGCUAUCAGGCUGUAAGCUUAAAACGAAGAAAAACAUUGCAGAGAAAUCCCACUAUCAAGUCUCUGAAUUUCCUACACUUUAAUUUCAUUUUAUUUUUUUCUAUUAUUUGGUCAAAUUAAUGCAAUCCUAGCACGAUUCUACGCUUUUUUAAAUGAUCUUCUAAAUACUUUUUUAAAUACUUUGUUGAGUGCGAGAAAUGUGGCAAGACUUUUUUGUUUCAAUUAGCUAAUAUCUUUUUACAUACCGUAUUUGUUAUAUUUUUCUUCCCUAGUUCUUUGUGUGCUUUUACUUAUCUAUUUACUUAUACUUCACCUCUCUAUUUAUUUUGCAGUGUCUAUCUACCAUAAACAUUAUUUUUUUC